GGAGGCGGAGGAGGAAGAGAUGGCAGACUGGGGGCCAGUGUUCAUGGCAGUGAUACUGUUCGUUCUUCUCACGCCGGGCCUCGUGUUCCAGGCCCCCGGCAAGAGCCGCUUGAUCGAGUUCGGCAACUUGCAGACCAGCGGCAUCUCCAUCGUGGUCCACUCCAUCAUCUACUUCGCUCUGGUUGCUGUCUUCCUCCUCGCCGUUCAUGUCCAUAUGUACAUUGGACACUGAUCCUGCGAUGAGAGUCCAUUGUUGCUGCUUCAUAUUUCUCUGCUCUCUAUUCCAUUUAAUAAUAUCUUUUAAUUCCUUCGUUGUUGCAAUGACCGCAGUGCAUGAACUCCAUGCUUCUGACUUCAUCUUUGUUUGAGUUAAUGGAAAUCCCCACCACGAAUGCUUGAAACAUCUAAUGAGUGACUGCAGUGUCUCAAA